AUGGGGCUCAACAACAGCGCUUCCAUGUUCCUGCUUACUGGAUUUCCGGGAAUGGAGAAGGCACAUCACUGGAUCUCCAUCCCAUUAUUGAUAGUCUAUCUCUCCAUACUUCUUGGGAAUGGCUUACUUCUUUUUGUCAUCAAGGAUGACCAUAAUCUCCACGAGCCCAUGUACUAUUUCUUAGCUAUGCUGGCAGCCGCUGACCUAGGAGUGACUGUGAUCACAAUGCCCACAGUUUUCAGUGUCUUCUGGUUAAAUCAUAGAGAAAUUAUCCAUGAGACCUGUUUUGCUCAGGCUUAUUUUAUUCAUACUAUUAAUCUUGCUGAAUCCGGUAUCUUGCUUGCCAUGGCUUAUGACCGUUUUGUUGCUAUCCGAAAUCCCCUAAGAUAUUCUUCUAUUCUUACUAAUGUCAAGGUAAUGAAGAUUGGAUUGGGGGUUUGGACAAGGGCUGGUCUGAUAAUUAUGCCACCAAUUCUCCGUCUACACUGGUUCCCCUAUUGUCAGUCCCAAGUACUAUCUCAUACGUUUUGUCUACACCAAGAUAUCAUUAGGUUAGCCUGUGCUGAUAUAACCUUCAAUCGUCUCUAUCCGGUUGUGCUAAUAUUUGGAAUGUUUUUGCUAGACUUUUUUAUAAUCGUUUUGACCUACAUUUUGAUCUUCAAAACUGUCACAGGUAUUGCUUCAAGAGAAGAAAGGUCUAAGGCUCUCACCACAUGUGCCUCCCACAUUGGUUGCAUCCUGGUCUUCUAUGUGACCUUUGCGAUUCUGGCAUUUCUCCCUAGGUUUGCAAAAAAUGCUCCUCCACUGAUUAAUAUCUCGAUGAGCUAUGUCUAUUUACUUUUUCCUCCUUUUGUGAACCCUGUCAUCUAUAGCAUUAAGACCAAACAGAUCCAGAAUGGUAUAAUUCGCUUAUUCUCUCUGUCUAAUUCUAGGACAUAA